UGGCGGGUUGUCACCAUGGAGGAGAUGGUGAUCUGGGAGCAGCACACGGUGACGCUGAGCAAGGACCCUCAACGGGGCUUUGGCUUCGCUGUCUCUGGAGGCCGGGACCGUCCCAACAGGAUGACCGGGGACACAGCGGUGGUCGUUUCGGAUGUGGUGUCUGGGGGACCGGCAGUGGGCCGGCUCCGGAGGAAGGAUCACAUUGUGAUGGUGAACGGCCUUUCCAUGGAGAACGUCUCGUCCUCCUUCGCCAUCCAGACACUUAAAACCUGUGGCAAGAUCGCCAACAUCACACUGAAAAGACCAAAGAAAGUCCACCUCCCCGUGAGCAAGAGCAACCCCGGGUCCCCCACCACACCCCGGCGCUAUGACUCGGAUGAGGACUAUGGGUUGCACGGUGCGGAUCCAGCCCUGCACCGCUCCCGGGACGACCUGGACCACAGCCAGGGCUACGACGGGGACUCAUCCAGCGAGAGGAGCUCUGGCCACCACCGGGAUGACCGCCGCCACCACAAGUCGGUGUCCCGGAGCCGGCGGAGAAGCCAGGACAGCAGCCACUGGAGGCAGAGCCCUGGGGGCUACAGCCGGCACCGCUCCACCAAUGGCUUCGGCCAUGAAUGGGACACCAAUGGGCUGGCCCUGGUGUCGGGCUUCAAGCGGCUGCCGCGCCGGGAUGUGCCGAUGAAGCCCAUCACGUCUGUCCUGGUGAAGCAGAAGCAGAAUGAAGAGUAUGGCCUCAAGCUGGGAAGUCAGCUUUUCGUCAAGCACAUAGUGGAGAGCGGGCUGGCGGCAAAGGGCAGCUCCUUGCAGGAGGGAGACCUCAUUCUGAAGAUCAACGGGGUGGCCAGCGAGGACAUGUCCCUGGCUGACACGCAGCAGCUCAUCGAGCAGACGGAGGGGACCCUGACCCUGCUCAUCCUCCGGGACCACCGGCAGUUCCUGGUCAACAUCCCUGACAUAGAAGACAGCCAGAGCGAAAGCUCCCAGAUGGAUGAUAUCUCCGACAUUGACUCUGAACUGUCCCAUCCGCCAUCCCCUGAGACCUCCGCACGACCUCCAGCUGCUGCCAGGAUGAAUUCACCACCGGAGAGGAGGCGAUCGAACAGGGACCCUGCAGUCGACACGAUCGUGAACGAUGCUCGGGGCCCUGACCUGCUGGAAGCUGUAGAGGGGGAUGGCUGCCACAGCCCCCACGCCAGCCACGCUGCCCGAGCUGCCCGCAAGGAUGGGUACAGCGCUGACUGCAGGGUCGUGCACUUCGUGAAGGCCAAGAGCGUUGGGCUGCGGCUGGCCGGUGGGAACGAUGUGGGCAUCUUCGUGUCGAGUGUGCAGGAGGGGAGCCCGGCUGAUGGCCAGGGCAUCCGGGAAGGGGACCAGAUCCUGCAGGUGAAUGACACCAGUUUCCAGAACCUGACCCGCGAGGAGGCCGUGGAGUAUCUCAUGAGCCUGCUGCCGGGCGAGGACAUCACACUGUGGACCCAGAGCAAGCAGGACAUUUACAGGAAGAUGAUCUCGUCCAACAUGGGCGACUCAUUCUACAUCCGAACACACUUUGACUUCGAGAAGGACACACCAUCGGGGCUCAGCUUCGUCCGUGGGGAUGUCUUCCAUGUGCUGGACACCAUGUACCGGGGCAGGCUGGGGAGCUGGCUGGCUGUGCGCAUGGGCAGGGACCUGCAGGAGCAGGACAAGGGCAUCAUCCCCAACCGGAGCAGGGCCGAGCAGAUCGCCAGCCUGGAGUCGGUGCUGAAAGCCACAUCCAGUGCCAACCCCUCCGGGGCACGGGCCGAGUUUUGGAAGCUGCGGGGCCUGCGGGGAGCCAAGAAGAUGCUGCGGAAGAGCCGGGAGGACCUGUCUGCCCUCACAAAGCAGGGCCGCUACCCGCCGUAUGAGAGGGUGGUCCUGAAGGAAGCCAGCUUCAAGCGGCCAGUGGUGAUCCUGGGCCCCAUCGCAGACAUUGCCAUGCAGAAGCUGAGCAUGGAGCUGCCUGAGCUGUUUGAGAUUGCCCUGAGUGUGCCCCAAGAUGGGGCAUCGUCCAAGGUCAUCAAGUUGGACUCAGUGCGGCAGAUCGCAGAAAAGGACAAACAUGCCUUGUUGGACAUCACGCCCUCGGCUGUGGAGCGCCUCAACUACAUGCAGUACUACCCGGUGGUGGUGUUUUGUGAGCCCGAGAGCCGGCAGGGCAUCAAGGCUAUGCGCCAGUGGCUGGCGCCCAACUCCAGGAAGAGCUCCCGGCGCCUCUAUGCCCAGGCCAGCAAGAUGAAGAAGUACUGCAGCCACCUCUUCACUGCCACUGUCAGCCUCAGCGGCAGUGGCAAUGCCUGGUAUGAGGCAAUCAAGGAUAUCAUCAGGACGCAGCAGAGCCAGCCCGUUUGGACGGCGGCGGAGCAGGCAGAUGUGGCGCUGGAGGACAGUCUGGACCUGCUGAACCCACCGCGUGCGGCGGCCUCAGGCUACCUGACCUGUGACAGUCACGCCAACAGCGACUAUGACGACACCGACGGUGAGGCGGGCGCCUACACUGACGGCGAGGCAGAGGACGCCUACAACCAGCCUGGGCUGGCCCGCUCCUCCGAGCCAGUGCAGGUGUCCCCAAGCCACGGCCUGAGCGAGCAGGUGACCGAACAGCAGCGGCAGGGCCAGCGCUACGACAGCAUCAGGGAAUAUGAGCACGACGCUGUGAAGAAGAGGUUCACACGGGCCAGGGACAACUCAGACCAGGACGAAGGCUACGAGUGGGGCCCAGCCACAGAUGUGUAG